AAGGACCAUCACUAGCGUAUUGAACAGCAACCAAAACAGCUGUUUGUACAUUACGCAAAGGUUUUUUCCACAUUUGUUUAUUAAAAAUGUCGCUGCUGGGCGCCUUUGCGAGAUUGGGUCUGCAGAGAAGUGGCGGCGUCGCCGGUGUCGCAGUUGCACGUUGCCUUCACACGACUUCUGUUCUCUGCGCGGAGCCCCUGAAGAAAAAGAAGAAACUGGAUCCGCAGAUUGUCAAGCAGCGCGAGGAUCGCAAGAAGAAGAAGAUCGAAAAGCAGAUUCGCCGGCUGGAGAAGAAUGCCCGUCAACUGAAGCCCGUGGAGGAACUUGAGGUUCCACUGGAGCUCAUCGAUGAAAAGGACAAACGGCAGAGAAAGCUAGCCCCACUGUCCAGCGCCCAGUUAGAGGAACGUGCUCUUCUCAAGAAACAGUGGGCACACUACAAGCACGACGAGCGCGUAGCAGACUUCCAGAUCAUCGACCGGCUGGUCCAGGCACAAAACAAAGCACUGGCGGAACUGCGGAGUGAGUCCGAGGAGCUUUACCAGGCGGCCAUCGAUAUUGAUCCGCAGCUGCUGCCCGUCGCUGUGAAAGGACCCGUUGCCACGCCCCCCAUUAAGGAUUACGUCAGUCCCGAUGGCGACUACCUGCACCAAUCCAUGAAGUGGGAGGUCAAGUGAGACGUGCAAGUGCCGGAUGUUAAAGAUUUCAAAUAAACUGAACCCUAAAUCCAAUAUUUUGUGAACACAUCAUUACUCUCAAUGAAAUGAAUUCGCCGUUUAAUCGGUUUAGAUGCAGUUAAA